CUCUUAACACCAUUUGAUAGGUCAAACUAGGGCAUGUGCUCACCGGUGGUCAAUAGUUUGAAUGUGCCGACAGUCUCACACUUGGACUUAAUGCUAUAGAACGUGAUUAUUCUUAUAUCAGGAAAGUGAACAUUUUGUGUAGUGCAAACAUUUGUUAUGCUGAUAUCAAGAAUUGUUUAAUGCGAACAACACGUUUACAAUUUACAAAAUCACACGACAGUAAGGCAAUGGACACAUUUUCUUCAUUGAAUUUCAACACAUAAUUGCUGUUCCGGCGUAGCAACCCACGAAAAUUUUGCACACUGAACGUUUGAAAAUGUAAAAGGCCGGGUGCAUAUUUUAAAAUUUAUUCAUCAUGAAAGGUGUUUUUGUGCAAAAUAGGAAUUGAAGAAUUGGAACAUCCUGGUUUGAUUUUAAGCUCUGGAAAUUUAUUGAAUCUGAAACCAUUUGGUGAACAAUUGAAAUUAACAAAACGGAGGUAAAUAAGAAGAAGAUAAAAGAGACCUGUAACAGCAAGAAAAUAAAGAAGAAAUAUAUUUAAACUGUACAGCAAGAAAUAGAACAAAAUGGGAAAAUACUCAGGAAAAACCUGUCGAUUGUUGACAAUGUUGGGAAUGACGGCAUCGUUUUUCCUUGUUGAGAUUAUUGUGGGCUACGUAACAAAUUCAAUAGCAUUAGUGGCAGAUUCCUUUCAUAUGUUAUCAGACGUGGUGGCUUUGAUUGUAGGCUUUGCCUCUGUGCGGAUAUCAAAGUGGCAAACUCACAAGAACACGUUUGGUUGGAUACGAGCAGAAAUUCUUGGAGCAUUUGUUAAUGCUGUAUUCCUGAUAGCGUUGUGUUUUUCCAUCUUAGUAGAAUCAUUAAAACGUUUGGUUGAAAUAGAAGAAAUCAAAGACCCUAAAUUAUUACUUAUUGUUGGAAGUUUGGGACUAGCAGUUAAUCUUAUUGGUCUUUGUUUGUUUCAUGAACAUGGACAUUCUCAUGGUGGUGGAAGUCAUAGUCAUUCACAUGAAAAAGUAGCUUUAGUGGACAAAGCUGAAAAUGGACAUGUCAAAAAUUCCAGUGUUAAACAUUCUCAUGGUCAUGGUCAUAGUCAUACAAGUGUUUUAGAAAACUCAGCAGAAAUUGAUGGGGUUGUCAUAGAAAUGGAAGAUGAUCCUCAAACAGUAUCUGGUGCCCAGUUAAAUAUGAGAGGUGUGUUUUUACAUGUAUUGGGAGAUGCUUUAGGUUCUGUCAUUGUCAUCAUUAGUGCCUUAUUGAUAUGGUUUGUAGAAGCUGACUGGAAGUAUUACAUGGAUCCAGCUAUGAGUAUAUUGAUGGUUAUUAUCAUACUGAGUACCACAGCUCCAUUAUUGAGAGAUUCAGGUUUAAUACUGUUACAGACUGUACCAGGACAUAUAAGAGUACAUAAACUAAAAGAAGAUAUAGAAAAGAUAGAAGGUGUUUUAGCGCUUCAUGAAUUCCAUGUGUGGCAGUUGGCUGGUAAUAAAAUCAUAGCAUCAGCUCAUAUCCAUGUCCAUAAUCUACAUGAAUAUAUGGUUGUGGCAGAAAAAUUAAAAGAUAUAUUUCAUAAAGCAGGAAUACAUUCUACAACUAUACAGCCAGAGAUUAUAGAUGAAUUUGAUGCAGCAGAUUUUACAAAGAAUCAAAAUUGUUCAUUAGAAUGUGGACCAAAUAAAAAUUGUUUGGUAGACACUUGUUGUGCGCCAAAAAGUAAACAAGAACUAGCAAGGCGGAGCAGUAAAGAAAACAGUCCAACACCACGCAGCAGUCCGAAUCAUAACAAACUUAAAACAUCUGCUUCAUCUCCAUGUUUUGAUUAGUAUGACUUUAAAUUGAAUUGUACAAAUGUCUGAGGACCAUGAUUGCAUGAAAACAUGGAAAUCAUGUUGUCAUUCAAUGAACUUCAUACAUGCAAGCGUGUUACAGUUCCAAAGUCGUUCUAAAAGCUAGUGACACAAGAAUGGUUUAAGACUUUUUAUUCCAAACAUCAUGUUAGAAAGUAUGAAAAAAGUUGAAAAUAUGUUGCCAUACAAAUCAUUGAACACAAUUUAACUAAAUAAAAUCUUUGAGUUCUUU